UAUGAGCCAGAAAAGAUUGAAGGGUCAAGAAAACCAACCAAGAAAGGUGAUGGAGAAAGAAGCUAUCUACACCUGAUUGCAAAGGUUUUUUGUACUUGCAUACUUGUACUUAUAAUCUAAAAAAUAGUAUCUGAUACUAACUUCUACUUGAUGUUUCUUCAUGGAGCCCCACAAACCUACCCUUCUCUUCAUCACUUCACAACCCCAAUCUCUUAUUCACAACUCAAAUUAUGAGUUCUUCUCCUUAGAUUAGAUGGCAUGACAAAACAACAGAAUUUUCUUUUAUCAGGUAUUAGAAGUCUUUGAGCAGAUAGAUGAUCAGAGACAUUUAUCAUCCAUGGCCCCAUAUGGGGUAGUAGAUUAUGGUAGAUACCUUACCCCAUAUGGAUCCCUAUUUUAUUAUUAUUAUGCCACCAUGUCAGUGUUUCAUAUAAUAUAUGGCAUCUGGAUACUCUUCUCUGAAAGGUGCUGUAUAGUUGAGGUUACUGCUUCAUGCUGCCCUUAUUAUCAAUUCUUCAAACAAAGCAAUAAGAGAUUUGUGCAGAAAACUGAUAGGUUUUGGAAGUUCAAUGAACAAGCUGAUAGAUGGGUUGAAGUUGUGUUUCCUUAUGAUGAUCAUCUGGUAUCUGAACAGCAUGAAUUGUUUGAUGCUAAGCCCUUGGAUGUGGUUUUGCCACUGAGGAAGAGAAUUUCAUUGACCAGAAUGUCAGAUACAUCUAUUUGGGUCACUGGGGAAAGUGGUUCUAUAUAUGAGAGGUUUUGGAAUGGACUUGAAUGGGUUAUUGCCCCUCAUGACUUGCCAAUAGCAUCCGGCCGCGCAACCGCGGUAUUCAUCAUCAAUCACAUAAUUCUUGCUGCUUCUGAAGCAGGAAAUCUCUAUCAGAUGCAUGUGCAAUUUGGUGAAACCUCACAAACAGUUUGGUUGGAUGUCACACCUACACUCAAUCAAAUCACAAAUAAUGAUUCAAAGAAAAAUCCUUUGGUGUUAAUAAAGUCUGGAAUUGUGUCACAUGAUAGGCAGAGAAUUUAUUUCUGCACAAGGAAUGGAACACUGUUAGAACUUCUUGGGGUUGAGCCUCUAAGAUGGACAAAUCAUGGCCAACCAGCUGGAGCAAAUGUAGCAGCAAUAGCUGAAGUUGCUUCUGUAAGAGAAGUAGUGUAUACCAUAAGUUCUGCUGGAGAUCUUUAUGAAUAUGAUGAAAAAUCAAAACCAUCAUGGAAGAAGCACAUAUGGAAAGAAAGGACAGCACAAUUCGCGCCUUUAGUACCAUCUAAAGGGUGCACUCUAAGUGGACUGAGUGGUGAUUAUUCUGAAUCUCUGUUUCUUCUAAACAAGGAGGGUGAUUUGGUAGAGAGGAGACUGCAUCAGAGGAAGUGGAAAUGGAUGGUCCAUGGAAGUCCACCACAUCAAAAUUUGACAUCCAUUACGCCGGCUCUACAUGACGAAUCAAGUGAAACUUUCUUUUCCUUGUUCUUCACCAGUGCAGUUGGAUCAGUCUUUGAAUAUCAAAUGCCAAAACAAUUAGGUACAACUAAUCGAUUUCCAGGAAGUUGGGAAAAUCAUCAGCACCCUUUACAUGCUAAAGUAGCAAGAGGUAUAAUUGGCUUGCCAUUACAAGCUGGCAGGAUACUGUUUCCACUAGAUGAUGGUAGACUUGCAGAAUUACAUCUACUAGGACUAGGCGGCGAAAGUUCAGGACCAGCUUUACCGCAAAACUUUAGAAGGAAAGCAUCAACUAAAUAUGUUUGGUCGAUAUUAGAUGUUCCAGAGAGCGAAGGAUGGAAUGCAGAAUAUUGCACAGAAGAACGCGGCCCCAGAAAUUGCCUUGCAGGACUAAAAGAUGAAUCAGUGGAUUCUGGAACAAGUUCAGUAACAGGUAGGAGAAAGCAAAGCCAGACACAGAAUUACUACUUAUCGCUGGGCACUUCAUUAGGCGAAUCGACUAAAUCUACAGAAGAUUAUAAUCUCCCUGAUGGCUGGACUAGUAGUAACUUCCGGCUUCGGUUGAUGUAUGAAGGAAAGUCAUUUUUCUUCAUAACAAAUGAUGGAUUAGUGUUUGAACACAUUUGUAUUGAGAAUGUUUGGGUGUGGCUGAAGCAUGAGAGUUCUACAGCUAUAGAAGGUAUAGUGGGAAACUAUAAUGGAAGCUUGUUCAUGGUUGAUACAUUUGGGAGUGUGCUUCUUAGAGAAUGGCAUGAAAAUGAGAUAGCAUGGAGGAAUUGCAGUGCUAUGAGGAAAGGAAAGAGUGUUAUUGGAGGCCAACCAUGGGAUAGAUUUCCAGCUAAAUCAAGGAAGGUUACAACAGAAGAUGCACUCUUCUUUGUGAGUAAAAAUGGAAGAUUACUGCAGUUCAUGGUUUUCAUGAGGAAGUUUAAAUGGAAAGAUUGCAAACAUCCUCCAAAUGCUAAAAUUGCAUGCAUUGUAGACCAGGAAUUGUUCAGGGAAAACAUAGUAUUCGUCACAGGAAGAAACGGUCGCCUAUAUCAGUAUAACAAAGUGACUGAUUUGUGGCAUGAGCAUUACCAAUCUCAGCAUUUGAUUCUAUCACAGUUUCCUGGAACAGUUAUUAGAGCAUCACAGAAAUCGCUCUCAGGCUCACUCUUCAUGCUUUCAGUAGAAGGUGGCCUUGUUGAGUACCAAUGGAAUGCAUGGAAUGGAUGGAACUGGAUAGAACAUGGAACACCCGAUAAAGGCGCGAAACUAGUUGGUUCAACUGGUCCUAGCUUUGAGGGUACUCAACUACUUUUGAUUGGUUCAGAUGGAAAAGUGUACCUGAGAUACAUGGACAAAAAUGGUGCAUGGAAGUGGAAGGACUUUGGUUUCCCUUCAAUGGGAAGUGAAAUGGUUGAGGCGAAUCGACCAAGACAAAGUGGACUCAAUGAUGGGAAGGUAGUUUGCAAUGAUGAAUAUUCUAUGCAUGGCUUGAAGAAAGAUCAGAACAACCUUUCUGAUCAAAAGUCUAAAUGUGAUCCUAAGGUUUCAUCUACAAGACCAAUUCCAUUUUCUGAAGGUUCUGUUAUAUUUGAGCUCAGAGAUGGCAGGAUAAAAGAAAACGGAGCGAGUUCAUUUAAUAUAUGGCUGACGAGUGACGACACGACUAAUGGCAGUUGGCAGAACUACAGCUUGUGGAGGAGACAGAUUGGGUUUGGUCAAGGACCAUUGGAACUCCAGCCAGUUCAUGCUUAGAAAAUUAUUGGAUCACUGUGGCAUCCUCAUAAUAUUGAAAGAAAAAGGUGAAUGUUAUGCUAACAAAUAUGAAAGAAAUAGUGAGUAGUGACACUAUUAUGCUAACAAAAAUGGUGAAAGAAAAGGUACUAGUUAGCAACACUUGAAGAUGAAGUAGCUAUUUCCUUUAAGAGGCUGAAUAGGUAGUGUUAGUAUUUGAGGUACAAUACAAAGCCCUGUGGAGAUGAGCUAUGAUAGCUUACUUGUAACAUAGAUGUAAAAGGAAAAUAAUAAUAUAUAUUUGUACAGCCAAAAUAGUACAUUGAAUAAGAGCAUGCACAAAACAAUCCUUUCAUUGUAUAUAAUCUAUCAAUGCUACAAAGAAAU